AUGGCAGAAAACCAAAAGGCCUGGUGGCAGCAAUGGACUGACACCACCAACGUCAAAAAUUUGAGCAGCUUGAGGAACACAUAUGACCCCUUCACCCACCACGAUGAGCAAGUGCUCAUCAACCGCCUGGACAUCACAAGUCGGAAGGAUGCCUGGGACAAGGAGGAGUUCAUCACUCAAAUGUACGUCAAACACUUGUUGCGACAUCCGACCUUCCAGACGAUUCUGGCCCUGCUGCUGGUGACCAACGCCAUCACCAUUGCUCUCCGGACCAGCUCCUACCAUGGCCAGAAACACUAUGAGUUAUUCUCUACCAUAGAUGACAUUGUGCUAACCAUCCUUAUCUGUGAGGUUCUCCUAGGCUGGCUCAAUGGCUUCUGGAUUUUCUGGAAGGACGGUUGGAAUAUCCUCAAUUUCGUUAUUGUCUUUGUCUUGCUCCUGGGGUUCUUCAUUAAUGAACUCAAUAACAUUGCUGUCACCUACACGCUCAGGGCGCUUCGGCUGGUACACGUGUGCAUGGCGGUGGAGCCCCUGGCCCGGAUCAUCCGUGUCAUCAUACAGUCGGUGCCUGACAUGGCCAAUAUCAUGGCCCUCAUCCUUUUCUUCAUGCUGGUGUUCUCUGUGUUUGGAGUCACACUCUUUGGCGCAUUCGUGCCCAAGCAUUUCCAGAACAUGGGGGUUGCCCUGUACACCCUCUUCAUCUGCAUAACACAGGAUGGCUGGCUGGACAUCUACAGGGACUUCCAGAUGCAGAGGAGAGAGUAUGCAAUGGAGAUAGGGGCUGCCAUCUACUUUGCCAUCUUCAUCACUGUCGGUGCCUUCGUCGGUAUCAACCUGUUUGUCGUUGUGGUGACUACCAAUCUGGAACAAAUGAUGAAGACAGGAGAGCAGAACAAAGAGCGUCAAAUAAUCUUUAGCGAGAAUGUGGAAGAAGAUGAGAACUGGGAUGACGAAUUGCCACUUGUGCACUGUGCAGUGGCCCAGAUGGAGAAACCUGCCCCCCAGGAACCACUUGUAGGGGGCGCCCUGCCAAGCCUCACAGAAAACACAUGUGACAACUUUUGCUUGGUGCUUGAAGCAAUACAGGAGAACUUGAAGCAGUACAAACAGAUCCGAGAUGAGCUCAACAGAAUCGUGGAGGAAGUACGCUCCAUCCGCUACAACAAGGAGCAGGAAGAGGAGUUGUUACGCAGACACAUGUCUACAAGUCUGUCAUCACUGAGUGGGUCCUCAGUGGACACACGAGGCUUAGCUACCCAGCAAGACUUGUUCUCAGCACUGCUUGACAGGGAAAAGGUUUAUGAAUCGACCACAAAUACAAUGCUUAGCAAACACAAGUUCAACCACUGA